AUGGCCGGACAAACAAUUCUUGUGACUGGUGGAGCUGGAUUUAUUGGCACUCAUACAGUAGUGCAGCUUCUAAAGGAAGGUUUUAAGGUUUCCAUCAUUGACAAUCUUGAUAAUUCUGUCAUUGAAGCUGUUGAGCGUGUUAAGGAAUUGGUGGGUCCGCAGCUUUCUAAGAAUCUUGAAUUCAAUCUGGGUGAUCUUAGAAAUAAGGAUGAUUUGGAGAAGUUGUUUUUAAGAACCAAAUUCGAUGCUGUGAUCCAUUUUGCUGGUCUCAAGGCAGUUGGGGAGAGUGUUGCUAAUCCACGCCGAUAUUUUGACAAUAAUCUGGUUGGCACUAUCAAUCUCUAUGAAGUUAUGACAAAAUACAAUUGCAAGAAGAUGGUAUUCUCAUCAUCUGCAACUGUUUAUGGCCAACCGGAAAAAAUUCCAUGCGUUGAGGACUUCAAGCUAAUGGCAAUGAAUCCUUAUGGACGGACUAAGCUUUUCCUCGAAGAAAUUGCUCGAGAUAUUCAAAAGGCAGAACCAGAAUGGAGUAUCAUUUUACUUAGAUACUUCAACCCUGUGGGAGCUCACGAGAGUGGUAAACUUGGUGAAGAUCCCAAGGGUAUCCCAAACAAUCUCAUGCCCUACAUACAACAAGUAGCUGUUGGCAGACUUCCUGAGCUUAAUGUAUAUGGUCAUGACUAUCCCACAAAGGAUGGUAGUGCGGUCAGAGAUUAUAUCCAUGUUAUGGACUUAGCAGAUGGUCAUGUUGCUGCUCUUCGGAAGAUUUUUACAACAAAGGAUAUAGGUUGUAUUGCAUACAACCUGGGAACUGGACGUGGAACAUCUGUGCUUGAAAUGGUUACUGCAUUUGAAAAAGCUUCUGGCAAGAAAAUCCCCGUCAAGUUAUGUCCAAGAAGGCCUGGAGAUGCUACAGCUGUUUAUGCUUCUACAGAGAGAGCUGAGAGAGAACUUGGCUGGAAGGCAAAAUACGGUGUAGAGGAGAUGUGCAGGGACCAAUGGAAAUGGGCAAGCAAUAAUCCAUGGGGUUACCAGUCAAAGCGUUGA